AUGAGUUCUGCUGCUGUGAAUCCUCAGUUCUUGGACCAUUACGAAAAUCCAUACUAUCUUCACAGUUCUGAUCAUGCUGGACUGGUUCUCGUUUCCGAUCGUCUUUCUUCCGGUGCGGAGUUUCAUUCUUGGAAGCGCUCGAUACGUAUGGCCUUGAAUGUUCGUAAUAAGCUUGGUUUCAUCGAUGGUACGAUUCCUAAACCUCUUGAAAGCCAUCGUGAUGCUGGAUCUUGGUCUCGUUGCAAUGAUAUGGUAACAACUUGGAUUAUGAAUUCUGUUUCAAAGAAGAUAGCUCAGAGUACUGCUGAAUCGAUUUGGAAGAAUUUGUUGGUACGAUUCAAGCAGGAUGACGCUCCACGAGUGUAUGAGAUUGAGCAACGAUUAGGGUCUAUCCAGCAAGGUUCUAUGGAUGUAACAACGUACUAUACAGAGCUUGUCACUCUAUGGGAAGAGUACAAGAACUUCAUAGACCUUCCUGUUUGUACAUGUGGCAGAUGUGAGUGUAAUGCUGCUUCUUUGUGGGAGAAACUGCAGGAACGUAGUCGGGUGAUGAAGUUUUUGAUGGGGCUUAAUGAGUCUUAUGAUGCUAGUCGUCGUCAGAUCUUGAUGAUGAAACCCAUUCCGUCUCUUGAAGAUGUUUUUAAUAUGAUCACUCAAGAUGAGAGACAGAAGAGUAUCAAACCUGCUGUGAAGAGUGAUGCCGUGAUAUUUCAAACAAUGGGUUCUCCCUCUGAGUCUGUACCUACUGAUGCUCAUGUUCUUGCUGCUGCUCAACAUGGUUAUCGCCCCAAGCAGCGCCCUUUAUGCACUUAUUGUGGUCAAUAUGGUCAUAUUCUACAGAAGUGUUUCAAGAUACAUGGCUAUCCUCCGGGGCAUCGCUUUCAUGGUCAAACUCCAAGAGGAUCUUCUUCACAGUCAAUGGCUGCACGAGGACAGCAAAAUAAGAGUGGUUACCCUCGUUCUCACCAUCAGCACCAACCUCUGCAGUAUCCUCCAUCUAACACGGUUACUAAUGUCACUAAUGUUCCUAUGAUGGGUUCUUCCAUUCCAUCAUCUUCAAGCUUGGAUGUUAAUCGUAUGAGUCAAGAUCAAGUACAGUACAUUCUUCACCAACUUCAAGCUUCUGUUCGUCCUCCUGAGUCUUCAGUUCAGAAUCAGCAUGCUACUAUCACGGAACAUGGUCACAUGGCUGCUCAAUCCUCUUCUGGUAUCAUUCUUUCUUUAUCCUCAAACCUUCGUUUUGAAAACAAUAUACUUACCUUCAACCAUCAAUGUCUUUCAUCCCUUUAUAAUGCCCUGCCUAGUGGUUCUUGGAUAAUUGACAGUGGGGCCACGACGCAUGUCUGUUCUGAUCUUGCGCGUUUCAGUGAUCUUUCUACUGUCACUGGUGUCACCGUGUCUCUCCCGAAUGGUCACAAAGAGCCUAUUAGUCAUAUAGGCAGCAUCAUAGUUUCACCAAUUAUUACACUGCAUAAUGUGCUUUAUGUGCCAUCUUUUCGUUUUAAUCUCAUCAGUGUGCGUUGCUUACUUGUUGAUAAUAAUUCCUCAGCUCACUUUUAUGUUGAUCAUUGUUUGAUUCAGAAAUCUACUCAGGGAUUGAUGAUUGGUAGAGGGUCUAUUUUCAACAAUCUUUACGUCUUAGAUACAAAUGUUUCUGCGUCUCCUACUAUCUGUGCCUCUUUGUUGGAUGAUGGUCAACUUUGA